CAAUACCCCCUCAUUCAACACAACUACUUCAAAGACUCACCAAAGUCAGAAGCAUAUAUUCAUUCAUAUUUCCCUUAAAAAACCAGUCCAUUUUUUUCGCAUGAACAUGGCUGCAAAUUCUUUCUCCAUGAGAGGUUCGAAGCUCCGGUCGUGGCAGCGUUGCUCGAAGCAAAUCCGAGAGCAGCGUGGCCGGCUUUAUAUCAUGUGGAGGUGCACUGUGCUUCUACUUUGCUGGCAUGAUUGAGCUCCCACAGUACUUGACAUGAGGCUUGGCUUUGGAAGGUGUAGGGAGGCUACUUAAGAGUGAAGUUUUGAGGCUCAAGUUUUGUAAAAUUAACCAUAUGGCUUGGCUUAUACCAUGGUGGAAUCUCGAGUCUUUCACUAAUAGUGGGUGGGUGGUUUUUCAUUUUUGUAUUUUCACUUUUCACAUAGGUUUGAUUAGAACUUAGAAAGAGAUAGAAGAGUCUAAUGAAGCAAAGAUGUCGAUCGGUCCAUUUGUAAAAUACAUGUAUCAUGAAAACAAAGUUAAAAGUGAUAAUGGAACACUUUCUUGUUUCAAUUUUUUGCAAA